AUGGUGACAAUAAUCAACGGAGAAAUAGUUCCAGACAACGACCCAAGAGCUAAGGCGUAUCGUGAACGCAGAAGCAACACAAAUCGAGGCCAAACUAACGCUAGAACCUCAAAUGAAAAUGGUCCGCGAAUCCAAGAUGGCGGACAAAACAAUGCCAAUUCCCCGUUUACAGAGAUGAACAAUUACCUCAUUCGUGUUGGCAUACCGCGAUUCACUUUGGCAGGAAACGUGGUCGAACCAGUCAUUCUUAUUGCUGCUCUUGUAGCGCUAAUAUUGUUUGGACUGCCCGGUUUAGUGUUGAUGGCAAUUGUGUACUUUGUAUUUUCGUCCGCUGGGCUGGGAAAUCCUGGUCCUAACCAAAGACAAGGGGUUAUGUAA